AAUAAAAUUUCAAAUUAAACAAAUAUGAGUAAGUCUUAGAAAAGUAUAUCCUACAAAAACGAAGUCAAGAAGAAAUUUUUAAAAAUCCAAAUAGACUUAAAACUAAAAGAAAUUUAGGCAAAAAUCUCCCCAGCUCAGUAUGGGCAAGAAAAUUGUAGGCCAAUACCCUUUAUGCUCAGAAAUGUAAAAUUUCUAAGUACAAGUGAACAAAAGUCCUCAGUAUUUUUAAAAAGGAGUACAUCUCAAACGGGUAGGUUUACCUUAGAAAUAGAAUAAUGACUUAACAAAAAUAUGCUACUGCAAUUCAUCACAUAAACUGACGUGAUGCAUUUAACUUCCAUUCAUGUAUGCUAAAAAAUCUUAAAACCUUAAAAAAUCCACAUUAGUCAGAAACAUCAUAAAAAUGCCUGUUUUCACUACCUCCUUCAACAUUAUAUUAGCUAUCGCAAUAAACCAAUGUAACACAUAUGUGUACAUAUAUAUGUACAGACACACAUAGAAACUUCUCAUGACCAUUCAGUUAACUUUUCAUCAUAGCAGCCUUUGAAAAAUUUCUACCACUCUUUGAAAAACACUAUAGUUAAAAAGAAAAGUGGUUUUAGACAUUACAGUCUCAAGCAAAGAUACAUUCACCAAUUUACUCUUCACACAUUUCCAUUCAGAGAAUAUCAUGAGGAGCAAAUCUGAAUUGUAUAACUUGAACGAAUGAACCCAAAAUGUUUUGUUUUUCUGAGGCGUGUCCUUGUCGAGAGGAAGAGGCGAAGGUUUCCGUGUGUUAUGCUCGCUCAGGUUCAACUUUAACAAGCGUCCAAGGGCUCUCACGUUUUGCCUUUAUUUUGUCCUAAAGGUGACUUUCUGUGCAAUAUCUUUAUUUUAAAGGGAAGCUACAAUACCACAUAACUAUGAGCCCUCCGAAGGUUGAGAAAUUGAAGAAAAUGGUGCAUCCAAAUAAUGACUCCCUCCUUCUUCCUGUUCUACCAACGAGCCUCCACUUAUCAAGUCUUCUCUUCCCCUUUGGCAAUGCAAAAAAUCUUAUUCUUAAUACAUUUUCCGUACAAACUGUAUUUUUAAACUAUUAUUACUUAUGUCAUUUUUCAAUUAACUUUUUUCUGUUUGAAAAUGGUUUGGGUAUCUUGGAUGGGAAUGCAUUAUAAUUCUUCUCCUUAGGAGCAAUGGGGAACUUUUUUUUUUUUUUUUAACCUAACGGCAUUUCCUUUCAGGGCAGGGCUUUCAGGAGUGAAGUAAAGAACGUAAGGCAGGGACAGGUGAGUAAGUCGAGGUUUAAAGACUGGAAAGAAAGUCACAAAACCGCCGACCUUCCCCGACGGCGGGACUGCCCUCCCGGGAAAACCAACCAAUCACAGCUAGACGAGCCCGGGGGCUGCGGGAACCAGACUCCAGAGGCACAAACCCGAGCGUUCCGCCUGCGCAGCGCGGGCGGUGACUGCGGUUCGGGGACUCGGCGACGACGCGCCGCCCGACCGGUAGGAGCCGCCCUCGGCGAGUGCGCUCGAAGGCCGCGACCGCCGCCGCCCCUUCGCCCCCACCGCCUCAGACCACUCAACCGACGAAAUGGUGGAAGCGGAUCGCCCCGGGAAGCUCUUCAUUGGCGGGCUCAACCCCGAAACCGACGAGAAAGCCCUCGAGGCAGAGUUUGGCAAGUAUGGCCGCAUCAUCGAGGUGCUCUUGAUGAAAGAUCGAGAAACCAGCAAGUCCAGGGGCUUCGCGUUCGUCACCUUCGAAAGCCCCGCAGACGCCAAGGCCGCCGCCAGAGACAUGAACGGCAAGUCCCUGGAUGGUAAGGCCAUCAAGGUGGCCCAGGCCACCAAGCCGGCGUUUGAGAGCGGCCGGCGGGGCCCGCCGCUGUCCCGCAGCCGCGGUCGCCCGCGGGGCCUGCGCGGGACCCGCGGGGGCGGCGGCGGCCCGCGGCGACCCCCGUCCCGGGGCGGGCCGGCCGACGACGGCGGCUACCCCGGGGAUUUCGACCCGCGGCCCUCCAGGGCCCCUAUGCCCCUGAAGCGCGGGCCGCCGCCGCCGCGCAGGGCCGGGCCGCCCCCCAAGAGGGCCGCGCCGUCGGGCCCGCCCCGCAGCGGCGCCGGUGGAAUGCGCGGGCGGGCCGCGGCCGCGCGCGGGCGAGACGGCUAUGUGGGCCCGCUGCGCCGGGAGCCGCCGCCCCCGCGCCGGGACCCCUACCUGGGUCCCCGGGAGGAGGGCUACUCGCCGAGGGACGGCUACUCGAGCCGAGACUACCCGAGCGCCCGCGACCCGCGCGAGUUUGCCCCCUCGCCCAGAGAGUACACCUACCGCGACUACGGCCACUCCGGCGCCCGGGACGACUGUCCAUCGAGAGGCUACGGCGACCGCGACGGCUACGGGGUUCGCGACCGCGACUACGCGGAUCAUCCGAGCGGAGGCUCCUACCGAGACCCCUUCGAGAGCUACGGGGACCCGCGCAGCGCCGGCCCCGCGCGGGGGCCCCCGCCAUCUUACGGCGGCGGCGGAGGCCGCUACGACGAGUACCGGGGCUGCUCCCCCGACGCCUACGGCGGCGGCCGCGACGGUUACGGCGGUGGCCGGAGCGACCACUACUCGAGGGGCCGCGACCGGGUAGGCAGAGUGGAUCGCGGGCUGCCCUCGUCCAUGGAGAGGGGGUGCCCCCCGCCGCGCGAUUCUUACUGCCGGUCGGGCCGCAGGGCCCCCCGGGGCGGAGGCCGCCUAGGAAGCCGCUCGGAGAGAGGGGGAGGCCGGAGCAGAUACUAAACGAACAGACUUGGGACCCAAAUCCGUUUUCAAAGAAACCAACGGAAAGUAGAACCUGUUCUCUGCAAGCUACCCAAGGACUGGUACAAGGAAGAGUUGUUUUGACCUUUUAAGAAUUUCCUGUUUACUUCCUCUCCGUAAUUUUUGUGCUUUUGGGAGGAAGAAAGUUAAAAACUCGUUUAAUUUCGUUUUAGAAUUGUUAACGUUUCUUUCAACAAGCUCAUGUUAAAAGUAUGAGUCUGCGUACUAGUCUUCUUAUAUUUCCAAGUAGAAAAUUUUCCUAAAGGCUUCCUCCCUUCUAAAUUUUCCUGAUAAAUGAGGCAAACAGUUCUAAGAUUUUACAAAUAAUCUGCUCACCUAAAAUGGAGAAAUGGAUCAUUCUCUCCAUUCAAACCAACCAGAUUUUUGGGGAGAGAGUGGGAGGGACUGGUGUAUGCUAUUCUCAAGAUUUCAGGGGUUUCUUCAAACUGAAUCUCACUGUACCCACUAUUAAGAAACAAACGACCAGCAACAACAACCAAAACCACUUAGAUGAGAUGUUUAUGUAAAGAAAGUUCUAUUCACUCUCUAAAUCUAAAAAAGCAGAUGGAUAAUGCUGGCCAUUUUUUGCCUUUUUGCUUUUAGCCUGGGCAUGUACAGAAUCUCCUGUCCCCUUGCUCCCCAAAAUACCGUUGAACAACGAUGGAAUACUAAAUUAAAGAUUUGGCCAACCAACCACAAAGCUGCAAAAAACAUCAAUUAAUAGUCUUUAUUUUCACCACCACCAAGUUAUUAAGAAACAAGUAGGGAAAAAGAAAAAAAGAAACAAGUAGAAAAUAUACCAAUGGUGGAUUUGGGGAUCAUAAUGGCUUCCAUUCCUAACUCCAGGCUACUUGCCCUUGGCUCUAGAGGCAACUCCUGGCUCCUGUGGAGAGAACUGGGCUUCUUCCCCUAGGGGUAGAGAAUCAAAUGUGAGCAGCAUCAAAGCUCAGAAGCUCAGAAAAUCCCUGAGAGAGCUUGGCAUUUAAGCAUCUGAGGAUCUCUACCUGGUAUGAGGGACCUGAGUCUUCUGUCCACAAAAGGCAAGGGGAUGGGUUGAGUGUUCCAUACUCUUAAAGUGGGAGGAAGGGCUUGAGCUGAUAAAGAUCAGAGAGGCUUCCUCCAGGGUGCCUCAGGAGGGAUAUAACAGUCUCCUCUUUUCACCCCAAACUCAGGGCGAGAAACACUUUUUCUAUUCAGCACCUUCGGAAUUCUAUUUAUUUAAGAGAAGUUACUUAGACAGUCAAGGGACUCUAGCAACCAGAAAAAAAGAGGAUCAGGUUAAAAUAUUAGGACCCAUGUUCAGUGUAAUAAUUGCUGGAGGAAAGAGAUGAAUACCUGAACAACAAAAAUGUGCUUAAAGCGAUCUGAAUGUAAUGCACUCAUAUACACAACUCUAAAAACAUGAUUUUUCAAAAAAAUAAUAAAGUAGGUGAAUUACAGGAGAGGCUGCAUUAGUGGCCCAGAAGAACAAAUGCAAGAAUACCUCAAAAAAAAAAAAAAAAAAAAAACAGGAAUUAAUCUAGCAAAAAUGUGUAAGACCUUUAUGGAAAAAUUGUUAAUCUUUAUUAAAAAGAAGACUGAAUAAAUGGAGAUUCAUAGCAUGUCAUGGUUAGGAAGACUUUUUAUCAAGCUAUUCUCAACCUCACCAAAUUAAUUUGGAAAAUCAGUAGACUUCAAAUGAAGUUACAUGAUUUUUUUUCCACAUAGCUCCCCUCCCCUCUUUCCCAAUAACGCCAUUUAUUUGUAUUUAUCAACGAUGGAAUACUAAAUAAAAGAUUUGGCCAGCCAACCACAAAACUGAAAAAAAUCAAUAGCUUCACUUCAGUACCAACAAAUUAUUAAGAAACAGGUGUUAAAAAGACACUAAUGGGAGAUUUAGCUAAUCCUAAAACUUGUAUGGUGGAGUAAAGAGCAAGAAGAGCCAAAGCAAUUCUGAAAAGCAAUAAUUAGAAAGGACUCACCUUAGCAGGUAUCAAGACUUAUUACAAAGUCCUAGUAAUUUAAGCUGUCUUAUCAGCAGACAAGGAUAGACAGACCAGUAGACCAAAAUGGUGAGCCUUGAAACAGGCCCAUUUGUGUAUGAAAACAGGAUAUAUGACAGAGAUAGCUUUAAAAGUCAUUGCUGAAAGGAUGGACUUUUUUUUUUUAAUGGCUAUCUCUUUGCGAAAAGACAAAAUGAGUUUCCCUAACUCACAGCAUACACAAAAAUACGCUCUAGAUGGCUUGAAGAUAUAAAUGUGAAGAGGAAAAUUUUUAAACACUUAGAAGAAAAUAAGGAAGAAAUGUGUCACACUGGGGUAGAGAAUUCCUUUUUAAGACAUAAAAAGCACAAACCUAGAAGGAAAUUUUGAUGUAAUUUUGCACAUUAUUAUUGUUACCUUUUAUGAUAAAAGACACUGUUAAAGCGAAAUAUCAGAACAUAGAUUGGAAGAAUUUAUUUGCAUUGAAAUAACUUCCAAAAGAAUGCUUAGCAAUCAAUAAGAAAGAAAAAACAAGAAAAAAUGAGCAAAAGAACUCAUACUUUUCUGAUAGAUGUAUAAAUUGGCACAAUCACUUUGGAAAUAAUUUUGGCAAUGCCUAGUAAAGUUGGAGGGUGAUACCUUAUGACUCAGAAAUUGCACUUCAAGGAGAGGACCUAGAAAAACUUGCACAUGUACACAGAGAGCUAUGCACAAGAUUGGGCCUUACAGCACUCUUUGAAUGUUUAAAAAGUAGAAACAUCCUACCUGGAGCGGAUCAACUGAGGUUUAUUCUUAUAAUGAAGUUCAAUGUGGAAGCUGAUGGGAAUCAACCACAUCCACAUGUAUCAACACAGGCUGAGAAGUUUAACCAUCUCAUUCAAAUGGCAAACCCACUAUUCUUGCCCCCGGGAUACACACAUACAGUAACAGCUAAGCAAAAGCUAUGGUCCUGUCCUCGUGGUGUGCUGAGCUCAUGGGAGGACGUGAAAUGAUUUGCACAAGGAGGUAUGAAGACACAAAAACCUCCUGGAUCCAUCUACAUGGCGAAUAGGGGGUCCAGGACUGCAAAUGAUUCAAAGGGCCCUAAACAGGAGCUCGCUAUGG